AUGCCCCUGUUCCUGAUCAGUCGCUUGGGUAACGAUAGUUGCCCAUUCAACUUCUCAGUUUGGCUGACAAAUAGUCGGCAAAGGUUUAAGUUUUGAGGAUGAUUUUCUAAGUUGCAAGCCGUAUUUAAAUAUUUUCUGUAUAGUAGCUUUUAAAAAGACUUAUUCCAGCACCAUAAUUGAUUAAUUGUUUAUAGUAUGAUUGUUACUGUAUCUUGCAUUAUGGUAAAAAAGAGUUCUUUUUUUUUCCAAAAAUUGAAUGAAAAAAUCAAUAUUUUUAAAACUGAUGUAAAUGUAGGAAAUAUGAAUAGCAUAAUAAAAAUGCUUCAUGUCAAGAAAAUAACAUUUUAAGAUUCGAGCCUACAAUGGCUACUUUAACAAAUGAUGUCAGACGGCUGAUGGAAAACAUUGGUGACAUGGACAAAAUAAAGCGAGAACUUUUGGCUAUGAAUUUCGAUGUUAAUGAAUACCCUGUGCGUAAGUGUCGACGCUUGUUUUAAAGGAAAGUGAAUUGUUUCGGAGUCAAUUUACCAACUUUGGCAUUAAACGUUGCAGUUACACCUGUAUAUAUAAUAUUUUCAUAAAUUGUGCGGUUUUUGUUUAAAUUUUUCUCAUUUUUGAAAAAAUUGAUGUUUUUGAAACUAGUUUUGAUAGGACUUUAUAUGUUAACAUUAAGUUACGUGUAACAUUGAGUUAUGUGAAAUUCGGCAUUAUUUUUCAGAUUGUCUGACAAAAGACUUUAUCAUGAAAGGUUAUCAACAUCUAACUCAAGUUGAACAAUAUGUCUUGAGAGGAGACAUUCGCAGCCUAGCAUUUCAAUCCACACUCCAUGACUAUUUCAGAACUAUCCCAAGAUUACCGUAAAUUUUUUAUGUUGAUAUGAUGAUUGCUCGCAAAGUUACGUUAGUUUGAAAUAGUCUAAAAACCAAAAAAUUGCGGGCCUUUCUAGAAAACAUUUUUUAUUUUUACAAGAAAACCUUAAAAAUUGUAAAAUAAUCAAGUUUGCAUCGCUUUUUAAUAUUUUCUUCGACUUCCAGACCCCCAGAUACUCGUUUCAUUGACCGAGCCUUCAUUGAACGCGAAGCCGGGUUAUUGAAGAAUCUAUACGUGGCUAUGGUACUUCAACAAGCCUACCAGAGUUAAGGCGAUAAAGCGAGCCAAUUACUGUCGAAAUCUCAAUGUGAAAUCGAACUUCUGGACCGGAACAGUCGCGUGCACCAGAUUUUGGAGAACUACUUGUUGAACAGUCAAGGAGAUCACGGUUUUUCGUUGAAAUUGAGAAAUAUCUUCCGUGUUAACAAGAAAGAAGGAUACAAUCCGUACAUGGGCAAUGAGUAGGUUUUUUUUGUUAUUGAAAUUACAGUGACUUAUAAUUGGAAUAUAUAGAGGGGCAACUUGUAGUGGUACAAUAGUUUGUUUUAAAAGGUUUUAAAAAAUUAAAAAUUAUUUGUUUUUCAGAAUGGUUCUGUGGCACGGCUCCAAGACCACAAGCUACAGUGCUAUCUUACAGUGUUCUUUGAACAAAGCUCCGCCUGAAGCUCCAAUGGUAUGUUGUAAUAUAUAUUUAUAGGACAUCUUUAUUCCUUUUUCUUCGGUGAAUUAAAAAAUUGUUAAAAAUAUGAAAAAAGACUACUUUCACCUCUUACUGACUACGAAAAGCAUUUUUCAGAGCGGCCACAUGUUUGGUAAAGGAAUUUACUUUUCUGAUUGCUCGACUAAGGCUGCGCAGUACUGUCACGUUCCACGGGGUGGUACUGGCUAUUUGAUGUUAUGUCUUGUGGCAUUGGGAAAGAGCAAGAACCUGAUUAAAGGUGACUACUCUGCUACACAGCUACAAAAUGAAUAUCACAGUGUUACGGGCAUGGGAAAACAUACAUUUGCUUCGUAUGAUGCACAGCUGUAUGUUUCUAAAGCUUAAAGGUCUUGUCAAAUAGACAUGAAAGGGCCCUAUAUUUUAAUUCAAAGAUACGACAGUUUACAUAUUCUAAUUUCCACAUUUUACUUUUAUGAUAGUUUUAAAAUUUUUGUAUUCAGAUGUUAUGGUGAGAGAGAUUUACUUGUACCAACCGGAAAAUUGGUCCGAAGACCAUCACCUGAUCAAUAUACCCUUCAGUACAACGAAUACGUUGUCUACGACCAGUCUCAAGUCAGAAUGGCUUUUCUUUUGGAAGUGGAGUUCUACUAA